AUGCUCUCCAUGAGAGGCGGAGGGUGGAGCUGUCCGGACAGCAGCAGCUGCAGGCUGUCUGUCACUUUACAAGAUUCAAGAGGAGAUGAGAAGUUGGGAUGGCAGCAGUCCGUGGACCUCUGCGUGGGGAAAUAUGUCCAGAGUAAAUAAACGGCCCGAUGCUGACAGGAUGAGUGAAGCCAAUGAGAGCGCAUCUCUGAACAGGUCGGUGAGGCUGGAUCUGUUCAGCAACCUGGAGGACAUCGAUGUGAGCGCGGAUGGGAGUCCGAUCCUCAGGUUCCUCAUCUGCCUCGUCUACUCCGUGGUUUGCGCCGCGGGUCUGGUUGGCAACCUGCUGGUCCUGUUCUUCAUCAGGGUGAGACAGGAGCGCAGGAAGUCCAGAGUCAACUUCUUUGUGCUCAACCUGGCAGUGACGGACCUGCAGUUCGUCCUCACGCUGCCCUUCUGGGCCGUGGACACCGUCAUGGACUUCAGCUGGCCGUUCGGAGGCGCCAUGUGUAAGAUCAUCCUGUCGGUCACCGUCAUGAACAUGUACGCCAGCGUCUUCUUCCUCACCGCCAUGAGCGUGACGCGCUACUGGUCGCUGGCCUCGGCUCUGAACAACAGAACCGUGCGGAGGUCCUGCUCCGCUAAGUGGGUCUGCGCGCUGAUUUGGACCGUGGCGACCCUGGCCACCGCGCCCACCAUGAUUUUCUCCACAGUCACCAACGUGACCGGAGAGAAACUGUGUCUCCUGCGCUUCCCGGGCGGCCAGUACUGGUUAGCGGUUUACCACAUCCAGAAAAUAGUGGUAGGGUUUAUUCUACCCAUGUCCAUCGUCUCCAUCAGCUACUUCAUGCUGCUGCGCUUCAUCCGCAAGCGGAGCAUGAAAAGCAGCAACCCCAAGCGGAGGUCCCAGGUCACCAGGUCCAUCACGAUCGUCAUGUUGUCCUUCUUCUUCUGCUGGAUGCCGAACCACGCCGUCACUCUGUGGAGCGUCCUGGUCAAACUGAACUUUGUCAACUGGGACAUCGCGUAUUACAUCGCCCACACCUAUGUGUUCCCGAUCACCGUGUGCCUGGCUCACACCAACAGCUGCCUGAACCCGAUCAUUUACUGCCUCAUGAGGAAGGAGUUUAGGGACAAACUGCGGGAUCUGGUCCGCAGAUGAUAGUGGGGUUUUAAAGGCACCUGGAGCGAUUUAAUGACAUGCGUAAUGCGAUUGGCAAACAACCAAGGCGCACGGCUCUAAAGCGCAAAAUCGCAGCCCAUCCACCCCGCCUGUUGGCUUAAAUAUCGUCGCUCUAUAGAAAAAGAUUCUUCUGACUCAUUCCAAGCUGCAUGAAUGUUAAACCAUAAAGAAAUUCUCGCUUUGCUUGGUAAAUACGCGUCAUGUUUAGUCCAGGCGCUGUGCGUAAAUGCGCAUCACAAUCCUCUGCGUUUUUGUGCUUGUGUUUUAACUGGACCGAUUACGUGUCCAGUAGCUUUCUGUGUUGAUCUGUGAAUGUUUUGAUGGUAAGUGCAUUAAAAGAAACCGGUGAAGCCAUGUACAAAAGGAUGCCAAACAGUGAUUCUUGUAAAUGGGCAGAAAAAUACCUUAUAUGUGCUAUUAGACUAUAGGCAGCUUUGAGUAAUAAUAUUAUUGUCCAAAUGUCUAAUCAACAAAAAAAUCAAUAUGAAACGGAUCUGAGGGGCUCAGAUAAGCACCGCAUAAAAAAAAAGACUUAAAAGUAAGCACCACAGAUCAUCCACUACAUGCAAAACAUUCCCUCCUCUCCUCACCGCUCUAUCAGGAUUUGUCUGCCAGGAUGAGCUUUGGACCGAACUGAAUGUAUAAGGAUAUAAUUGGGUCGAUUAGAAAUAUGAACACAUCCUUUGUGUUUUUAUGCUGCAUUCAAUGCUGCAUAAAGAGCUUGCAUUUGUCAGAAACUCUUGGAUUAUCCUAAUAGACGCUGCAUGAAACACAUUAUUUUACCUCACAGAGAUUUUUUUGACUCCUUUAAAUGAAAACAACUUCACUGACAAGAAAAAGCAUCAAACUACUGAUUGCUUUCCUUCAACUUGGAUUGUUUGUUUUGUAUGUUUGUCUCAUCAAGUGUAAAUGGUGUUUGUAAAUUCAUUUUCUAUGUAAUCUUAUUUUAUUAAACUGUCUGCAUUUUUGGACCGGCCUUGUUUAAAAAAUAUAUAUAAAGACAGUUUUGUGCAGAUGGUAAAUAACUGAUGACUUUUCAAAGACGGGAGUAAUUAAGCCUGUGUAAAACAAAUGUUUCUGAAAUAUGGCCAUCUCUUAGAGCCAUUGAUGAACGAGUGUUCAAUGGAAGUGCAGAGUCAUGCUAAGGAGCUUAUGUUCCUUAGUUUUACAAACUUAAUUAUGCUUUCACCAGGUUUUAUAACUGAGCAAAAGUGGGGAAAAUCUGUUUUUGUGUUUCAAUUAUUUUACCCCUAAAAAUUAGGAAUAUUAUAAAUUUUAAACCCUGCUUUGUAGAAAUUUUUAUGGAGAAACAAGUAAGUGUUCGGGAGAUCAUAGAGUCGUCCAUAUUCUUUAGGAAGCAUAUUUCAGUCAGAUUGGAGCGAAAUGAUCUGUAAGCAGAUGUUUUCAUGUCUGAUUCUCUUUUGGAUCUCUGUCUUCUUUCUUCCUUUUCAUCUAACCCAUAAUUAAGCUUUAAUCAAACCACUCCUUCGUAGCUCUGGCUGAAUAUUAACAGCCGCUAACAUGUUGGACCGGCAACCUUCACAU